ACCCAGACCCAGAGAUGGAGGGCUGCUGGGGGUGUCUGCUUUCAUGUUGUUAAACCCACAUGAAGUCUCUCUGACGGUCCAGGAGGACAGAAGUGUUUUCAACAUGUCACAGUUGAAGGACCCGGAGGCGGUGGCAUCUCUGACCCAGCAGAAUGCCAAAAUGGCGAGUUUACUCCCUCCUACAGGCACAGAUGUGUUCCGGCCCUUCACUCAAGAGUCGCUCGCCAAGAUCGAGCGAUGUAUGGCAGAGAAGGUCGUCGAGCAGGACCGGAUGAAGGCUGAAAAUAUUGAGGUGGAUGAGGACGACCUGCCCAAACCCAGUAGUGAUUUGGAGGCAGGAAAGGUCCUGCCUUUCAUCUAUGGAGACCCCCCAUCAAAGCUUCUCAAUGUGCCUCUGGAGGAGUUGGAUCCAUAUUACAGAGCAAAGAAAACUUUCAUUGUGAUCACCAAAGGAAAUACAAUAUUCAGAUUCAGUGCUGAACCCGCCUGCUACAUUCUGAGUCCAUUCAGCCUCAUUCGACGAUUUUCCAUCCGAAUACUCAUACAUUCAUUGUUCAGCAUGUUCAUUAUGAUUACCAUCUUGUCAAACUGUGUGUUCAUGACCCUGAGUGACGCACCAGCCUGGAGCAAAACAGUAGAGUAUGUUUUCACUGGCAUUUACACCUUUGAGGCAACGGUAAAAGUGUUAGCCAGGGGAUUUUGCAUGGGUGAUUUCACAUUCCUUCGAGACCCGUGGAAUUGGCUGGAUUUCAUAGUCAUCACCAUGGCGUACCUCACAGAGUUUGUAGACCUGGGAAACGUGUCGGCUUUAAGGACCUUUCGUGUUCUCCGUGCCCUCAAAACCAUCACUGUGAUUCCAGGUCUGAAAACCAUUGUUGGAGCCUUGAUUCAGUCAGUGAAGAAACUGGCAGAUGUCAUGAUCCUCACUGUCUUCUGUCUCAGCGUGUUUGCUCUCAUCGGCCUGCAACUCUUUAUGGGAAAUCUCCGGCAAAAGUGCGUCAUUUGGCCUCCGACGUUUGAAAACAAUGAAACCCUGAGUGUAGACUUCAAUCACACAAGCUUUAAUGACACGGAAAAUGGCAACAGCACUUUUAACUUCCAGGAAUACAUUAAUAAUCCAGUGAAUUAUUACUUCCUUCCUGACCAUGUAGAUCCAUUACUCUGUGGAAACAGUUCUGAUGCAGGAAAGUGCCCUGAGGGAUUCACAUGCUUCAAGGCCGGCCGAAACCCAAAUUUUGGCUAUACGAGUUAUGACUCCUUUGGAUGGGCUUUCUUAGCGCUUUUCCGGUUAAUGACUCAAGACUUCUGGGAAAACUUAUUCCAGUUGACCCUCCGGGCCGCUGGGAAGACCUACAUGAUCUUCUUUGUGAUCGUCAUCUUCUUGGGGUCCUUCUACCUCAUCAAUCUGAUUCUGGCUGUGGUGGCGAUGGCGUACGCAGAGCAGAAUGAAGCCACCAGAGCAGAAGCUAAAGAGAAGGAGGAAGAGUACGCAAGAAUCCUGGAACAGCUCAGAAAACAAUCAGAGCAGCAGAAGCACGCAAUACACGGCAGUAAUACAUCACUGUGCAGCAAAAAGAAAGAUGAAGAUGACCAAAGCUUUGAUGGAAAGGUGUAUCAUGACUUUGAUGGCAUAGCCCUGAAACCUCUUUCAGGUAGAGAGUGGACUACUGAGAUUGCAAAUGAAUCCAAGGGAAGUAUGACCUACCUUGAAGUGCAUGGCACACAUAUAAGAAAACAAAGUGCAGUGAGCGCUACAGAAAACACUUUAGAGGAGCUGGAGGAUAUUCAAAGGCCAUGUCCUCCUUGCUGGUACAAGUUUUCCGACAUAUUCCUGAAAUGGAAUUGUUGCACACCGUGGGUGAAGUUCAAGAAGAUUAUCUUCUUAAUUGUAAUGGACCCUUUGGUGGACCUGGGCAUCACCAUCUGCAUUGUCCUCAACACCGUGUUUAUGGCCAUGGAGCAUUAUCCAAUGUCUGGUGACUUUGAAAACGUUUUGACUGUGGGGAACUUGGUUUUCACGGGUAUCUUCACUGCAGAGAUGGUUCUAAAACUUAUCGCGUUGGACCCAUAUGAUUACUUCCAGGUUGGCUGGAAUAUUUUUGAUAGCAUCAUUGUGACCAUGAGUUUGGUGGAGCUGGGCUUGGCCGAUGUUCAGGGCUUAUCUGUGCUGAGGUCCUUCCGUCUGAUGCGUGUCUUCAAGUUGGCAAAGUCAUGGCCAACCCUUAACAUGUUGAUAAAGAUCAUCGGCAAUUCGGUGGGAGCCCUUGGAAACCUGACCCUCGUCCUGGCCAUCAUCGUCUUCAUCUUCGCUGUGGUGGGGAUGCAGCUUUUCGGAAAGAGCUACAAGGACUGUGUUUGUAAGAUCGCAGAUAACUGCGAGCUGCCCCGCUGGCACAUGACGGAUUUCUUCCACUCGUUUCUCAUCAUCUUUCGUAUACUGUGUGGAGAGUGGAUCGAAACCAUGUGGGACUGCAUGGAGGUGGCUGGACAGGCCAUGUGCCUCAUGGUCUUCAUGAUGGUCAUGAUUAUUGGAAACCUGGUGGUGCUGAAUCUCUUCCUGGCUUUGCUGCUCAGCUCCUUUAGCGGUGACAACAUGGCGGCCUCUGAUGAUGAUGGAGAGACAAACAAUCUUCUCAUCGCCAUUUCUAGAAUCACAAGAGCCAUCGAUUGGGUUAAAGCGUUUGUCAUCGGGCACGUGAGACAGUUGCUGGGCCUUAAAUCGAAGGAAGAGGCCGCGAAAGAUUAUAAAGAGAAUGAUUCCAAUCAGGAAAUAUUUACUUCCAGUACGACAAUCAUCAGCGUGCCUAUAGCAAACUGUGAAUCUGACCUGGAAAGUCAGUAUACUGACAGUAUUUCGGAAGACGACGACGACAAAGACGCUAUAGAUGGAAACAACAAAAUAAAAGAUGGCGAUGAAUCUUCAACGUGUAGCACAGUGGACAAUGCCCCUGACAAAGAUAUGGAAUCAGAGAUUCUAGAGGAUUCAACCAUCCCUCAAGACUGCUAUACAGAACAAUGUAUCAUGCGAUGUCCUUGCUUGGAUCUCGACAUUGCGGAAGGUAAAGGAAAAAUGUGGUGGAACCUCCGUAAAGCCUGCUUUACUAUCGUGGAAAACAGCUAUUUUGAAACCUUUAUUAUCUUCAUGAUUCUGCUCAGCAGUGGGGCUUUGGCAUUUGAGGACAUUUACAUUGAACAAAGGAGAGCGAUUAAAAUCAUUCUUGAAUAUGCAGAUCAGGUUUUCACGUAUGUGUUCGUCAUUGAGAUGCUUCUGAAAUGGGUAGCCUAUGGUUUCAAGGACUAUUUCACAAACGCAUGGUGUUGGCUGGAUUUUCUCAUCGUCGAUGUGUCCCUGAUCAGCCUGACAGCAAAUAUUUUAGGCUACUCUGAACUGGGGGCCAUUAAAUCUCUCCGAACUUUGAGAGCUCUGAGACCUCUUAGAGCUCUGUCAAGAUUUGAAGGAAUGAGGGUGGUGGUGAACGCCCUGAUAGGAGCCAUCCCCUCCAUCUUUAACGUUCUCCUGGUGUGUCUCAUCUUUUGGCUCAUCUUCAGCAUCAUGGGGGUGAACCUUUUCGCUGGAAAAUUUUACUACUGCUUCAACACAACAUCGGAACGAAAAUUCCUUCCCUCUGAGGUCAACAAUAUGACUGAGUGCUUGGAACUUGCCGAGGCCGGUCAUGAUGUGCGAUGGAUGAAUCUGAAGGUCACCUAUGAUAACGUUGGCAUGGGCUACCUCUCCUUACUGCAAGUGGCAACAUUUAAAGGGUGGAUGGACAUCAUGUAUGCUGCGGUGGAUUCCCGUGAGAUCGAAUCGCAGCCGGAGUAUGAGUCCAACCUCUACAUGUACCUUUACUUUGUUAUUUUCAUCAUCUUUGGCUCCUUCUUCACGCUUAACCUUUUCAUUGGUGUCAUCAUUGAUAAUUUCAAUCAGCAGAAGGCAAAGUUUGGGGGUAAAGAUAUCUUCAUGACAGAGGAACAGAAAAAGUACUACAACGCCAUGAAGAAACUUGGCUCCAAGAAGCCACAGAAACCAAUACCGAGACCUGCGAACUGCUGUCAAGGUUUGGUAUUCGACUUUGUAACCACGCAGUUCUUUGACAUCUUCAUUAUGGUUCUGAUCUGCCUGAACAUGGUCACCAUGAUGGUGGAAACGGAUGACCAGAGUGAUGAUAAGGAAUUUUUUUUGUACUAUAUUAAUCUGUUCUUCAUUGUGAUCUUCACUGGGGAGUGCACUCUCAAACUCAUCGCUCUGCGCUAUCACUACUUCUCUGUCGGCUGGAACAUCUUUGAUUUUGUGGUGGUCAUUCUUUCAAUCGUAGGUCUUUUACUGGCAGACAUUAUCGAGAAGUACUUCGUUUCGCCAACCCUUUUCCGUGUCAUCAGACUUGCCAGAAUCGGUCGCGUCCUGCGGCUCAUUCGAGGUGCCAAAGGCAUCAGGACGUUACUGUUUGCGUUGAUGAUGUCACUUCCUGCCCUCUUCAACAUUGGCCUCCUGCUUUUCCUAAUCAUGUUUAUUUUCUCCAUCUUCGGCAUGUCCAACUUUGCGUACGUCAAGAAAGAAGGCGGCAUCGAUGACAUGUUCAACUUCGAGACCUUUGGGAACAGCAUCAUAUGCUUGUUCAUGAUCACAACGUCCGCCGGCUGGGACGGACUAUUGUCGCCAAUUCUCAACAGUGCCUCACCAGACUGCGACCCAGAUGUGGAGAACCCAGGUUCAUUCGUCAAAGGCAACUGCGGGAGCCCGGCUGUAGGAAUCGUCUUCUUCUGCAGCUACAUUGUCAUGUCUUUCCUUGUUGUGGUUAAUAUGUACAUCGCCAUUAUUCUCGAAAACUUCAACGUGGCGACGGAGGAGAGCAGCGACCCCUUGAGCGAGGAUGACUUUGAAAUGUUCUACGAAACCUGGGAGAAGUUUGAUCCCACCGCGUCUCAGUUCAUCAGUUACAGCGUGCUGUCAGAUUUCUGCGACACAUUGAAAGAGCCGCUGAGAAUCGCUAAACCCAACAUGGUCAAGUUAAUAACGAUGGACCUUCCCUUGGUCCCUGGAGACAAGAUCCAUUGUCUGGACCUUCUGCUUGCUCUUACGACAGAGGUGCUGGGAGAUUCCGGCCAGAUGGAUGAGAUGAAGUCAACAAUGGAGGAGAAGUUUAUGGCUAACAACCCGUCAAAAAAAUCGAACGAGCCUAUCACCAGCACUCUUAAACGGAAGCAUGAAGAGGUGGCUGCUUCCACAAUUCAAAAAGCUUACCGAUUGCACGUACUCAAACGCUCCCUCAAACAUGCCUCAUAUAUGUACAGAGAGAAAACAAAUGCAAAGAGAAAAGAUGAGGAGGCUCCGGAAAAAGUAGGGAUGGUAGCUGAGAAGAUGAGCCAGUUUUAUGGAGAUCAAGCCUUUGAAGACGACCAAGCUCUCGGCUUCUCCUUUCCCCAUCAUGGAAAUAAGCAACAGAAAGCAAAGUGUCCUCCAGUGAGGGUUCAGAGUGAUGUGAUCUUACAUUCUGCCCCCUUUUCCACCCCUGAGUCCUCCACCGUAGUAGAGAAAUUGAGAGAGUCCAUCGUGUAGCAGCAUCCACUCUCAAUAUACACAAAACCUUAGGAAUGCACAACAAUACUGAGACCCUUCAGGAGACUGUUAGUUAACCUUUAGAGUUGAACCAUGGCACAUGUGUUAAAGAAAAUAGUUAACUGACUGGGAUGUCAAAUGGUAAAGAAUUUUGAUCAGUAUAAUUGAUGCAAUCCAUGUGGAAUAGACAAUCACUGACUGUUUGUCGAACGGCAAUAGAAAGGUUUGGGCUGUAAGCUUGACUUCCUAGUGCAUAUAUCAAAGCAACCCCAAAAAAUUUGAUGCACAAACCCUUAGAGAACAAUAGAGAAAUUCAGAAGGGAUUUUUUCAGUUUUUUCAGGAUUUUAAGCUAUAGAUUGUAAGCACAACAACAUUGCUUACUAACCAUUAAACUCAUAUGCUCUUAAAAAUAAAGGUUCCUAAAACUAAAUGUUCAGUUCCAUGAAAAAACAACAGAACCUUUACGUUGCUGAAAGACAAAAAAUCUAUAAAGCUUAAGAAAGAAAAGGUUCUUUGACUAAAAGGGAAAGACUGCACAGAACCUUUCACAGAAAUAUUAUUUUUAAGAGUGUUGCAUACUUCAGUCCCCUUUAUGGAGGUAUGUUACAGAUAACUUUAUUUCAUUUCAUUUAUUUUGUCAUUUAAUUAUUAGAGAAUUUUGUUGCAAAAACAUCUUUCACUAUUUAAUGUAGCUGUAGGUUUAAAAUUUGCACUAACAGUAAAAAUAUAAUUUAACAAUGAAAAAAAUACUGUACAUUUAAAAGCAUUAGUCUUAAUAGUUCACUGUUAAACCAUGUAUUAUUAUGUUUGCCUUGCUGCCUUAUACAGAUCUUAAUAUAGCAAAUAUUUCAGUGGUCUUUUGAUACAAUAGUUCUCUGGUAGUAUUGUAAUCACUGCCUAACGCAAGCAUUAAACAAUUAUCUCAAAAACAUCUUACUUCUGUUAAAGAUGAGCUCAGAACAUUAUACAAUAUGCAAUUUAGUGCUUCACUGCCCAACUAAACAUGCUGUCAUGUAAAUAUGGGUUCUGUAAUAUUUGCCUUUGAGGUUUUUAUGCCUCAGGAGCCUUUCUUUAAAUGCAAAUUUGCAGUUUGCUUGUUCCAAGUAUAAAGUCUGUGAAAUCCUAGGUUUAUUGAAUAACAUUUUUUUUUUAUUAAUUUUUCUUAAAUGUCAUUUAUUAUGAGCCAGUUGAACAUCUGUGUACUGAAUUCUGUGUUGUUUAUAUGCCUGUAGUAGUGAGGAAUAAAAUAGAAAAGGGUCACCUAAUCACUCAGCCUCCUUAGUCAUAGAAAUUCUUCAUAGAGGUAUGAAAAGAAACCACAAAACAAACUAGCCGUGAUUUGAAAAAUAUGACAUGCUUGAAAAAAUCAGAGCUCACUGUAGGACUGUCUUAAAAAGGCUAAUUAAAAUCUGUUUCUCUAUGGAUAAACUAAAUGGUAGUUAACUCUAUUAAAUCAUCUAUGCUGCUUAAUUGGCAUAUACUUAAAUAUUUAAAUAUCCAAUCUACACAAAUCUAAAAAAACAGAUAUUCGGGAAAUUAGACUGUAAGAAAGAAUAUGGAUUAGAUAAUAGUACACAGAUGAAUACAGUAUAUUCUAUAGAAACUACAGGUUUAAAUUUAUGUAUCAAGAGAAUAAGCCAAUGCCCUCAUACUGUGGAGACACUGUCUGUGAUGUUCUUUAAAUAUCGACAUAAAUUACAUAAUAAUUUAUUUCUUGCUUUAUUUAUUUCUGAACCAUUUUUUUAAAUGUAACAUUUUGUACUUUUUUAAGUAUUAUUUCAUGUAAUGAAGCGAUAAUGUUAAGAAGCUUAUAUUUAUUAACCCCCUUUUAAGGUUUUAAGUUUCUUGAGCUUCAACCCUUCACUUUUAUUUAUGGGAUUCUUAAAUUUAUAUUUUUUUCUAAUGCAAACCAAAGAUUAGUGAAGAUAUUUAUUUUUGCUUCAUAAUAAACCAUAUUUUAAGGUUUCCAGGUCAUGUGGAUUUUUAUUUAGGUCUUAGGACAUAAAGUCGAAAUUAGCACUUUGAUGAAAUGAUAUCUGUCCCAUCACUUCAAGAAAAAAUUAGUAGAUGUUAAUAGCAUUAGGUAACAUAUAGCUAAUAGAGGAUAUGUGACAAAUUAGAAUAUCAUUAAAAUCCAGUUCUGAAUGUCAUUUUAUACAACAAUGGACAAAGUCUGUUUUCUACUUACCAUACUUACCAUAAAGCAAAUUGUGUAAUGUCGACAUGAAUGCAAUAUAAAUACAAGAAGAAUGAUUUAAGCUGGACUUUACUGUUCUGCUAGCCAUACGAAUGCUCUGUUCACUGUAACCUGCAUUAAAAUGACAACAUCUGUUACUACUUCACAUCUGCUGCAUGUUGUUGAUGUCACAUUUUGCAUCUGUACAUUUUACUGUAUACCGUUUCUCUGUUUACAUUAUUGGAAUAAACCUUUUUUGACUCUU